AUGAAUUUUACCCUAGCCGCCUUUAUGGCACCCACCUUUGACCAAACCACCUAUCACAAUGCUCCCUCCAACCAAGAUGUCUUCAGCUGGCCUGAUUUCAACCGGGCUGCAUGGCUUAUCAGGUCAGGUCAGGCUCUCCAGGUUGGUCUCGCACCAUUCACAGCUCCGUCGGCUCAUCAGAUCCUCGUGAGGAAUGGUGCUGUGGCCGUUAAUCCAGUCGAAUGGACCAAGCAGUUGGUGGAAAAGAGGAUGUUCCCCUGGAUCAAGUGCCCUUUUGUACUCGGAAAUGAUUGCGCAGGUGAGGUCGUCCAGGUUGGCGCCAUGGUCACUCACUUCAAGGUUGGUGAUCGGGUUCUUGCUCACGCCCUCUCCAUGGACCAAGCUGUCAACAGGUCAUCCGAAGGUGCCUUCCAGAACUACACUGUGAUCCGUGACAACAUGGCCGCAGUGAUCCCUGAGUGGCUCUCUUACGAAGAGGCUUGUGUCAUUCCCCUGAGUCUGUCAACUGCCGCAACCGCCUUGUUCGGACAGGACUUCUUAUGCCUCCAUCAUCCUGGUGUCCCACGGGGCACCGGCCCAGACUGGCUUCCCGAAGUAGUCUUGGUCUGGGGUGGAUCGACCAGCAUUGGUAACAACGCCAUUCAGCUCGCCGCAGCAGCCGGCUAUGAAGUCAUCACCACUUGCUCCCCCCGAAACUUCGAAUAUGUCACUGGCCUUGGCGCAUUGGCGGUCUUUGACUAUCGCAACCCGCUCACCAUCCAGCAAAUCGUCGACCUUAUGGAGUACAAGAAGGUUGUUGGCGCGAUCGCUAUCGGAAACGACUCAGCUGAAGCUUGCAUUGAAGUUCUCCGGAGAACAAAGGGUGGUUCGAAAUUUGUCGCCCGGGUCGACAUCCCAUUCCCAUUCCCGGAACAAAAGCCAAGUACAAGCUUCCAGUUGUUCCGCGCUAUAGCAGCAUCAAUGCGGUCUAGCCUCAAGAUCUGGAAGAAGUCGAAGAAGUGUGGUGUGAAAACCAAGUUGAUCUCCGGUACCUCUGCGGCCCAUACCGAGGUGGGCGCUAUGGUAUACAACCAUUUCCUUCCCGGGGCUCUUGCCACUGGUGUCUUUGUUGCUGCCCCUAAGCCGCGCGUGGUGGGCAAGGGUCUGGAGCGAAUUCAGACCGCUUUGAACUGUCACAUGAGGGGUGUAUCGGCUCAAAAGGUUGUUGUCUCGCUUUGA